AUGGCCGAUUCCUAUAUCAAUCGUUCUCUGCAAAAGUUAAGUACUGUGUACAUGAUUUUGGGUGUAUCCUAUGAUAUUAAUGAUUUGACUAGACGAGAGAAACUACAAAGACGUUGCGUUUAUAUUAUUAAUUGUCUAUGGCUUAACACAGAUGUCUUAGGAGCGAUCGUUUGGUUCUUCAAUGGAAUCGAAAACGGGACUCCGUUCGUAGAACUAACGUACAUAGCUCCGUGCAUUGCGUUUAGCUUUUUGGCGAAUACGCGAUCGUAUGCAUUGAUCCAUUACGAGGAGCAGAUGAGCGAUUUAAUUAGGUCUUUAAAACGGCUGGAAGAGAAUACAAAAUCUAUAACACAGGCUGAAGAUAGAUUAAAAAUAUACAGGAAAGAGACGAAGUUCCUGCACAGAGUCAUACGCGUGACUAAGAUUCAAAAUGUCAUACUCAUCUUAACGUUUCUCAUAAGUCCGUUAGUUUUUAUUGUGUACAAAUAUUUUAGGACGAAGAAAUUGGAUCUUAUAUUGCCGUUCCUGAUUAUUUAUCCGUUUGAUUCGCACGACAUAAAGUACUGGCCGUUUGUGUAUUUGCAUCAGUUCUGGUCGGAAACCAUUGUGUGUCUUGAAAUAUGUUUCAUAGACUUUCUCUUGUACAUCUGUUGUACAUUUAUUCGUAUACAGUUUCGUCUGAUACAAUGUGAGUUUGCGAAGCUGGAUUCGUUGUCCAAUGGAGAAAUGUUUGAACGAGACUUCACACAAUUAGUAAAAUGGCAUCAGGAGUUGAUACGGGCUUCUAAUCUUCUUGAGCAGGUCUACUCAAAGUCAACACUCUACAACUUCAUAUCUAGUUCAAUAUUAAUUUGCCUCACUGGAUUUAACGUUACAGCUAUAGAAAACAAGGCGUUUUCCAACAUGUUCGUGAUCUUCUUGUCGUCGACUUUGGUGCAAAUAUUCUUCUUGUGUUUCUUUGGAGAUUUGUUAAUGCAGUCGAGUUCCGGUGUUAGCGACGCUAUAUACGCGAGCAAAUGGUACCACGCUCCCGGCGCGGGAAAGAAUUUGCAUAUUGUUCAGAUGAGAGCUCAAAAGCCUUGCAAGCUAACAGCGUUUGGAUUUACUGACGUGAAUUUGGGAGCUUUUAUGAGCAUUCUCAGCACAGCUUGGUCGUACUUUGCCCUACUGAAAACAAUCUACAGUUCACCUCGUACUAAUUAA